AUGAAGGCAUCUUGGCUCCGAAAACAAAUAUCUUGGCUUUCUUACAAGGCAAGAUUCGGAGGGAUUGAAGGCAAAUGUGGAGGAGGUAUUGGAGGGAAAGGACGGGGAUUGGUUUUAUUGUUUGCCUGUAUCUUAGCUAGCAGGAUCUGUACCAAACCCUGGGAUCCAACCAUUAGAUCUCACAGGUUGCUCCAACCAUGUCUAGCUGACUCCGCCAGGGUUGGGACGGAUUUGCUCAUUGUCUCAGAGAUACAGGGAGACCAGACAGCAACAUUUUCUAAAGGUACUGUUUGUUUUGAUACUCUGGGUAUCACUAAUAUCACUGGAACCUGGAGACAGGGGAACCCCGGAGGACUGGUUAAGAUAUUCUACUCCAAUGGUUCCAGGUUGAAAGGAAUGAUGCGAGGGGGAGCUCUACAUGGUUUAGUUAAAACAUUUAGAUGUAAAUACGAUUCCUGUAAUAUAAAUGAUGAGGACGUAUCUCCGACCUACCUGGAUUCUCUUCUAGUAUAUCACCAAGGACGGAUAUCUAGGGAUUCUUUCUCCUGGUGGUUUCUGGUGGGUGGAGGAGCUCUAGUCUGUCAGAGCAAUAGUCUAGGACAGGCAGAUGGAUCUGGCUGUGGAUAUCUGUAUCCUGAUCUAAGAGUAGGACUAGCUGGUGAGUGGAGAGAAGGAAGGAUGGUUUCAGCAUCUCCUGCAACUAUAAGCAGUCUAUCUCUGGAGUCAGGUUUGAUGAGAGUUGAAUUCCUGAUUAAAUCUCCGAACCUAGUUUACACUGAAGAUAUCUCAACUAGGACGAAUAUAUCCACGCAACCUCUACUCCAGGAUCCCUAUGAGAUGGAGACAGUUUACGUUGCAGAUUCUAUAAUACAGGGAGCAG